UAGCCAAAAACUCACUCACACCAACCACUGGGGUAUAUAUAGAAAAUCUCUAGGUUUUUAGCGUUUAGUUGGUAACCCACACUCGAACCUUAAAAGUGAAACCAACAGAGGAGUUCUUCUUCCCACAAAAAAUUUCUGGCCCAGCUAGAAACAAAGCCAAGACCAAUUUGAUUGUGCGGACGUUCAGAAUCGAUCGAGUUCAAUUGGCAAUAUUGAAUUCUGAUACGAAUUCAGUGCAUCUCAAGGAUUACCUCGCAGCAACCAUAGCAUAUAAAAGGAUUACUCAACGAAACAAGAAAGAGCGAAAGAAAGAGAAAAAUAAAUCAUUGCAAACAAGUGUGCUCGAUAAUGAGGAGCACAUUUAUAUUAUUGGCGCUAUGCGUCAUCGGCGUAUAUGCCGACAGUGAUGAUAGUGUUGUGAGAAAGGUCCGGGCUUUCAACGGCUACGACUAUCCACCACCAGAUAAUCCUUUUACAUACCCCCCAUCGACGAGAACAACACCCCCUCCCACAAGCAGGCCACCACCAACAGCAACAACUAAACCUCCUACAAGAGCAACUCAACCUCCUUCCACGUAUUUGCCACCGGCAACUACAAAGCCUCCAACACGCGCACCACCAGCAACAACUCGCCCACCUACUCGGCCACCAACAAGAGCUACUCAACCACCUACGAGGCCACCAACAAGAGCUACUCAACCACCAUCGACUUAUCUCCCACCGGCAACAACUACUCCUAGACCCACUACUAAGGCUCCCACACGACCACCUCCACCACCUCCAACAAAAGCAACUCCACCACCCACAAACAAACCCCCAACACCUGCCACAACAAAAGGCACCACUGCUGCUCCACGUACUACCCCAAGAGCUCCUGUAACUACACCCCGGCCAACUGCUACAACUCCUGGGCCAACCUAUUUGCCACCCACAACACAGCCUCCAGCACCCAAAACUACUCCCCGCGUUGUAACAACAAGGGCCACCCAACCACCAACUAAGCCAACUCAACGUGUAACUCAACCACCUUCAACCUAUCUACCUCCCGCAACUACCACCCCCAGACCAACCACAAAGGCGCCAACAAGACCACCACCACCACCUCCCCCAACUAGGGCAACUCCACCACCAACAAAUAAACCUCCUACGCCAGCUACCACUAAGGGUACCACACCUGCUCCACGUACAACUACCAGGUCUCCAGUAACAACUCCACGUCCAACUGGCACGACACCUGGACCCACCUAUUUGCCACCCACAACGAAACCUCCAGCACCUAGAACAACUCCCCGAGUAGUGACAACUCGUGCCACCCAACCCCCCACUAAGCCAACACAACGUGUCACGCAACCUCCCUCCACUUACUUGCCACCCGCAACAACAACACCUAGACCAACCACUAAGGCUCCAACUCGUCCUCCCCCACCUCCUCCAACAAAGGCAACUCCACCACCAACAAAUAAGCCUCCAACCCCUGCCACCACUAAGGGUACCACUGCUGCACCACGUACAACUACACGUGCUCCUGCUACAACACCACGUCCAACUAGUACGACACCUGGACCAACCUACUUGCCACCUACAACAAAACCUCCUGCACCAAAAACUACACCACGCAUUGUAACAACCAGGGCUACUCAACCACCAACUAAACCAACCCAGCGCGUUACACAACCACCUUCCACCUAUCUUCCACCCGCAACCACAACUCCCAGACCAACUACCAAGACUCCAACGAGACCACCCCCACCACCUCCAACAAAGGCAACUCCACCUCCAACUAAUAAGCCUCCGACACCUGCAACAACAAAGGGCACUACUGCUGCUCCACGCACUACUCCUCGUGCUACUACCAAAGCUCCAACAACUACUCCAAGGCCAGUUAGUCGCAGCACUCCAGGGCCAACAUAUUUGCCGCCGGAUGUUCCAGUAACCAAAGUUACCGUUCCAACUCAAGCAGCAACUAAACCUCCAGCCCCCAAGACUACUCCACGCGUUGUAACAACUCGGGCUACACAACCCCCAACAAGGGCAACUACCCGUCGCCCAGUUGUAACAACUCCAGCUGCUCCACGCACUACGCAACGUGUCGCUACCACUACAACCACCCCAGGACCAACUUAUCUACCACCCACCUCUACUCCCCGACUUCCAUUCACCACUCCAAAGGCACCAACAACUCGGGCUACUCAGCCCCCCACCAAGCCAACACAACGUGUUACUCGCCCACCUCAACCACCACCAACAAAGGGAACCCCACCCCCUACUAAUAGGCCUCCAACACCUGCCACUACUAAAGGUACCACUGCUGCUCCAAGGACAACAACACGCGCCCCAGUUACAACACCUCGUCCAACUGGAACCACACCCGGACCCACUUAUUUGCCACCCACAACAAAACCUUCCGCACCCAGGACAACUCCACGAGUAGUUACAACUCGUGCUACCCAACCUCCCACUAAGCCAACACAACGUGUCACUCAACCUCCCUCCACUUACUUGCCACCCGCAACAACAACGCCUAGACCAACCACUAGAGCUCCAACUCGUCCACCACCACCUCCUCCAACAAAGGCAACUCCACCACCAACAAAUAAGCCCCCAACCCCUGCCACCACUAAGGGUACCACUGCCGCACCACGUACAACUACACGUGCUCCUGCUACAACACCACGUCCAACAGGUACAACACCUGGACCAACCUACCUGCCACCUACAACAAAACCUCCUGCACCCAAAACUACUCCCCGCGUUGUAACAACCAGGGCUACUCAACCACCCACUAAACCAACGCAGCGCGUUACACAACCACCUUCCACCUAUCUCCCACCAGCAACCACAACUCCUAGACCAACUACCAAGGCUCCAACGAGACCACCCCCACCACCUCCAACAAAGGCAACUCCUCCUCCAACUAAUAAGCCUCCUACACCUGCAACAACGAAGGGCACUACUGCAGCUCCACGCACUACUCCUCGUGCUACUACCAAAGCUCCAGCAACUACUCCAAGGCCAGUUAGUCGCAGCACUCCAGGGCCAACAUAUUUGCCGCCGGAUGUUCCAGUAACCAAAGUUACCGUUCCAACUCAAGCAGCAACUAAACCUCCAGCUCCCAAGACUACUCCACGCGUUGUAACAACUCGGGCUACACAACCACCCACUAAACCAACCCAACGCGUUACUCAACCACCCUCAACCUACCUCCCUCCAGCAACCACAACUGCAAGACCAACUACCAAGGCUCCAACUAGGCCACCACCACCACCUCCCACUAAGGCAACUCCCCCACCAACAAAUAGACCACCAACUCCUGCUACCACUAAGGGCACUACCGCUGCUCCACGCACCACCCCUCGUUCGCCAGUGACAACCCCACGUCCCACUGCCACAACACCUGGACCAACCUAUCUUCCACCCACAACAAAACCUCCAGCACCUAGAACAACUCCUCGAGUGGUAACAACCCGCGCUACUCAGCCCCCCAGACCAACAACUAAAACUCCAACAAGACCACCACCCCCACCACCAACUAAGGCUACACCACCACCAACAAACAAACCUCCAACUCCUGCUACAACUAAGGGCACUACCGCUGCCCCACGUACCACCCCACGUGCUCCAGUGACAACUCCACGUCCUACUGGUACAACACCUGGACCAACUUAUCUUCCACCCACAACAAAACCUCCAGCACCUAGAACAACUCCCCGAGUGGUAACAACCCGCCCUACCCAGCCUCCUACUAAGCCAACGCAACGAGUUACACAGCCUCCCUCUACCUAUCUACCCCCAGCAACUACUACUCCCAGACCAACCACCAAAACUCCAACAAGACCACCACCCCCACCACCAACCAAGGCUACACCUCCACCAACAAACAAACCCCCAACUCCUGCUACAACUAAGGGCACUACCGCUGCCCCACGUACCACCCCACGUGCUCCAGUGACAACUCCACGUCCCACUGCCACAACACCUGGACCAACUUAUCUUCCACCCACAACAAAACCUCCAGCACCUAGAACAACUCCCCGAGUGGUAACAACCCGUCCAACCCAGCCUCCUACUAAGCCAACGCAACGAGUUACACAGCCUCCCUCUACCUAUCUACCCCCAGCAACUACUACUCCCAGACCAACCACCAAAACUCCAACAAGACCACCACCCCCACCACCAACCAAGGCUACACCUCCACCAACAAACAAACCCCCAACUCCUGCUACAACUAAGGGCACUACCGCUGCCCCACGUACCACCCCACGUGCUCCAGUGACAACUCCACGUCCCACUGCCACAACACCUGGACCAACUUAUCUUCCACCCACAACAAAACCUCCAGCACCUAGGACAACUCCCCGAGUGGUAACAACCCGCGCCACCCAGCCUCCUACUAAGCCAACCCAACGAGUUACACAGCCUCCAUCCACUUAUCUACCCCCAGCAACUACUACUCCCAGACCGACAACUAAAACUCCCACAAGACCACCCCCACCACCAACUAAGGCUACACCUCCACCAACAAACAAGCCCCCUACACCCGCUACAACCAAGGCCACCCCUGGUCCACGACCAACUACGCGCCCACCCUACACACAACCCCCUACCACGCGCAAGAUCGAGACAACAACUGAAUUCAAGGGCUAUGACUACCCCAAACCAGGCGUUCCCUUCAAUUUCUAACUCUAGACCAGCUACAGUCGCGUCUGGUGAAUUUCGUUCAUAAGAAACCAUCACUGCCCUUUUCUAAUUUAGCAAAGUUUUAUUAUUCUUGUAAACAAUUGAGAUCGUUGAAGUAGUUGUCUAGGGCUAGAUGAAUCUAGGAAUCUAGUCAGUUCUUGAAAAAGGAGAAACCGAAUUGUAUGAGGGUGCAAUUUUUUUAUUGCACUCUUAGAAAGCAACUUUAAAAUAAUUAUUAAUUUUUAUAUUUACGUUUUUUUCCAAUCCCUCCCUUCCACAAUCCAAGUACUUCCCUCCCCCAAAAUCCCCCAUCGACCUUAUGUUAUUUUUUGUGUGUGUAUGAGCUGAGAAGAUAAUUUUGAAAGCGUACUCGAUUGACGUCAUGGUUUCCCGAGUUCUACACAUGAGCCUACUACCCCUCUUUAAAUAUUUAUAGAAAUCCCGUUUGUGUUAUACUUGUUUUUUUUUUUGUUUAUAUAGAAAUUGAUCUAAA